AUGGAUGAAGAUAAAAGUAAUCUGCAAUGUGGAUUCGGAAAAUGGAGACCUAAAUGGCUUCAACAUUUUGCUAAACCUAGUGCUUUUUUGAUUUCGUUUUCUCUUUUGGGUAUUGUACAAGGUGCAUAUUAUGCUUAUUUAAUUGGUGUGAUAUCAACUAUCGAGAAAAGAUAUUCGUUCAACAGUAAAGCUACCGGAUUGAUACUCACAAUGGAUAAUGUCACUCCUAUUUUAACCAGUAUUAUCAUUGGUUACUACGGUAGGAAUAUCAACAGACCAAAAUGGAUCGGCCUGGGAAUGCUGAUUGUGGUUAUAAGUUGUUUUUUAUCUUGUUUACCUUAUUUUAUUUAUGGACCAGCUUUUGAUCUGUUCUCCAACACAACCAGUCUUGAAAAAGAAAAUGAAUUAUGCGAAACAAGAUCAAAAGAAAAAUACUGUGACGAUGAUAAAUCGAUUACUAUCCCAGCUCUUACCUGUUUUGCUUUAGCUAGCCUAUUGAAAGGAUUUGGAAGCACAGCAUAUUAUACGAUUGGUAUACCCUACAUGGAUGAUAAUAUCAAGAAAAAACAAUCUGCUUUGUAUCUUGGUAUAUGUUAUGCGUUGAGACUUCUAGGUCCAACAUUUGGAUUUGUAUUAUCUGCGGUAUGUCUACGAUACUACGAAUAUCCUGCGUAUAUUUUAAUUUCAUCGUUACGUAUACUUCGUAAUCCGGUUAUAUUUUGGUAUAUGAUGAGUGAUAUCAUUAUUGGAAAUGGAUGGCUUGGACAUUAUAUAUUCCUUCCUAAAUAUUUUGAAUCACAAUUUGGACAGUCGGCUGCAGAUGCAAAUUUAUUAACUGGUCCAGUUGCAUUGAUCAGCAUUCAAGUUGGUUUGAUUUCUGGUGGCAUAAUUAUUCGAAAAUUUAAACCAAAACCGCAUUAUAUAGCAUUUUCUGUAAUGAUUAAUGAUAUAAUUUCUGCACUUCUCAUAUUUUCUUUUAUGAUGAUGGGUUGUCCUCAGAUAUUAAUGUUGGGAACAGAAAAUCGAAACGGAGAAUUAAUUCUUGAAAACAGUUGCAAUUCAAACUGUGAUUGUACACUGGCAACAUUUCAACCCGUAUGUGGUACAGAUAGUCAAUCAUCAUAUUUCUCUCCCUGUUUUGCCGGUUGUUCGGAAUCUAAUGACACCCUUUAUAGUAAUUGUCAGUGUGUACACGACGAGAAGCAAAAUUUCAUUAUAUCGACUGCAACUUCAGAAUAUUGUAAACAGAAUUGUCAAAAGAUUAUAUCAUAUAUUGUAACGUUCGCUUUUCUCUGUGUCAUUUCAUCAGUUAAUUCAGUUGGCUUCUCUUUAUUACUUUUCCGAAUCGUAACUGAAGUCGUUUGA